UGUCACACACCCACCCGUUGUCUAUCCCUUCAUUUUUCUUUCCUUGCGUUUUUUUCUUUUGUUUCCAAAGAGAGAGAGAGAGAGAGAGAGAUAGAAGCUGAAGAAGAAAUAUUGUGGAAUAAUCGGCUCUGUGUUCUAAGGAUUUCUGUCUGUUUGUCUCGAAACUUUAUUGGUUCAGCCUGAGAAGAUAGUUCAGACGAUCUUUCUUAUAAACUCAGAAGUUGGAUUUGGUCAGAGUAAUAGAAGAUGGGUUACAUGUGUGACUUCUGUGGUGAACAAAGAUCAAUGGUGUACUGUCGAUCCGAUGCUGCGUGUCUCUGCCUCUCCUGUGACCGGAGUAUUCAUUCAGCUAAUGCAUUGUCCAAACGACAUUCUAGGACACUUGUCUGCGAGAGAUGCAAUGCACAUCCUGCUACAGUUAGGUGUGUUGAAGAAAGGGUUUCACUCUGUCAAAACUGUGACUGGUCAGGCCACAACAACAACAACAAUUCUAAUUCUUUGUCAAGUCAUCACAAGAGACAAAGCAUAAGUUGCUAUUCUGGUUGCCCUUCAAGCUCGGAGCUCGCCUCUAUAUGGUCUUUUUGCUCGGACUUAGCUGGACAAUCCGUUUGUGAACAAGAAAUUGGUAUGAUGAAUAUAGACGAUGAUGGUCAGACCAACCAAAACUGUAAUGAGGAUAAGAAAGAUGUCAUCGUUGGCUCCUCUUCAAGGCUUGAAACCAGUUAUGCAGCACAUGCAAACUCACCAUUUGCUAAGGAUAUUGGAGUGUGUGAAGAUGACUUUUAUGAUAACUUGGGUAUGGAUGAAGUUGACUUGGCACUUGAGAACUAUGAAGAGCUCUUCGGUACUGCCUUUAACUCCUCAGGACAUCUCUUUGGACAAUGUGGAAUCGAUAGUCUUUUCCAGAAACAUCAAGCAGCUCCUGAGGGAGGGAACUCAGUGCAACCAGCUGAGAGCAAUGAUUCAUUCAUGAGUUCUAAAACCGAGCCAAUAAUUUGCUACACAUCGAAGCCAGCACAUUCCAACAUAUCUUUCUCUGGAGUCACCGGAGAAAGUUGUGCUGGAGAUUUUCAAGAAUGUGGUGCAUCAUCUUCCAUGCAGCUCUUGGGGGAUCCACCAUGGUAUCCUCAAACAUCACAGGAUAAUAAUGCUUUCUCACAUUCAGUUACUCGUAAUAACGCGGUUAUGCGUUACAAGGAAAAGAAGAAGGCUCGCAAGUUUGAUAAGACAGUGAGGUAUGCUUCUCGGAAAGCAAGAGCUGAUGUGAGAAGGCGUGUAAAGGGGAGAUUUAUCAAAGCUGGUGAAGCUUAUGACUAUGACCCACUCACUCCAACCAGAAGCUACUGAAUGAUUCUCUAUGAAAGGUAAACCUUUAGUAGAUACUAGGGAAAAGGUUAUGUGACUUAUGGAGAGAGUUCUGAAGUCAGAAUCUUGCAAACUGUGAAAAACAAGACUAUUUACUCUGGUAUGAUAAGACACUAAACUGAUGGUUUAAGCAAUCAUUCUUUAUUGGGAUUCAGUCAGUUUUUUUUUGGCCUCAGAAGCUUCAUUCUUGUUCAGAGGGAUCAUUCCUUGCUGCUACAGGCAUUACACAGAUCAGAGUUCCAUGAGUUUUGUUCUUGGCAGGGAGAUUUAGGGUAAAUAAAUAAACAAUAUGAUUGUAUACGCCUUUCUUUUCCAUUUGUAUGUAUGCUGCUCAUAAAUGCUUUUCUGUUUUGCUCUCGGCAGCAUUCUUGUAAAUUAAAGACAUUAUCUAGAAUCUUUCAGACAGUUAUUGAAC